CCUGCUCCUCGUCGUCCCGCAGGACCUUCUGCUCUUUAAAAACUGGGGCUUUUGGUCAUAUUCGCAGCGUGGAGAGCAGCUCGGGGAUCGGUUGUCUGUCUGGAUUGAAGCUGAGCUUGGUGAGCUCGGCGGUAACAACUUCGAUCGCUGACAACAGGUGCGCUGAACUUGAGUUUGCUCCGGUCUGUCUGUUAGUCUCGGUGAUCCCUGUUGCGCAGCCACGUUUAUCUCGAGCAUCGUGUAUGAGAUCGCCCACAAGCUCGUUGAGUUGGUCGCUAGUUCGUCAGCUCGAUUGAAGCCUGUAUUGACGCCUUGGAGGUGGAGCUCAGGUUUGGAGGUUUGAACAAGAUGGCGACUACAUUAAGACACGGCUGCAUCAGUGCUGUGAAUAUUACUUCCGUGCGGUCGUCAGAAGCGAAAAAUGCUGAAAGAAGUCGAAUUAGUUUCCUUGGAGACAAUUCGCGAUUGAGGCAGGGAAGCUCGGCCAAAUUAGCCUCGAUCUUUGAACCUUGUCGCCAGCGUUCUGUCACGUUUGGUUCUCUGAGAAUCAAUUGUAUGGUACUGGAAACCAAGCCUUCUGUUGAGAAGAAAACUACACUACAUGACCUCUUUGAGAAGGAAGGACAAAGCCCGUGGUACGACAAUCUUAGUCGCCCUGUGGUCGCUCUGAAAUCCCUCAUUGACAAUGGUGUUCGUGGCGUCACCAGCAAUCCCACGAUUUUCGAAAAGGCUAUCACGUCUUCUGAUCUUUACGACGACCAGUUCAGGCAACUCAUGAAGGAAGGAAAUGGAGUCGAGGAAGUCUUCUGGGGACUUGCCGUGACAGAUAUUCAGGAUGCUUGUGACUUGUUUUUAGCUUUGUACGAGGAGAGCAAGGGUGGAGAUGGUUUUGUUUCAUUGGAAGUGUCACCAAGACUUGCGCAGGAUGGAGAGGGAACUGUUGCAGCAGCCAACCGUUUGCACAAACUGGUGAAUCGGCCUAAUUUGUACAUCAAGAUCCCCGCCACUGCUGAAUGUGUGCCCGCUGUCAAAAGCGUGAUCUCUCAAGAAAUCAGUGUGAAUGUAACUCUCAUUUUCUCUUUGGCAAGAUAUGAGGCUGUCAUUGAUGCCUAUUUGGAAGGCUUAGAGGCUAUUAAGAAUGAUGAUUUGUCGAAAGUAUCCAGUGUUGCGUCUUUCUUCGUGAGUCGAGUCGACGUACUAGUUGACAAGCGAUUGGAAAAGAUUGGAUCUGAGGAGGCGCUUGCACUUCGUGGGAAGGCAGCUAAUGCGCAGGCUGCAUUAGCAUUUAAGCUUUACCAGGAAAAGUUCAGUGGUCCUCGUUGGGAGGCUUUGGCAAAGCGAGGUGCUAACAAGCAGCGACUAUUGUGGGCUUCUACGGGUGUAAAGAACCCAGCCUAUUCUGAUGUUUUGUACAUCGCUCCCCUGGUCGGGCCUGACACUGUGAACACUAUGCCUCUUAACGCCUUGGAGGCUUUUGUGGAUCACGGAACUGUUUCAAGAACAAUUGAUGCAAACUUAGGAGAAGCAAAACAAAUCUACGACAAGGUUGAAGAACUGGGCAUUCUGUGGGCUGAUGUUGGAUCCCAGUUGGAAGUUGAAGGAGUGGCAUCUUUCGAAAAGAGCUUUGACAAUCUUAUUUCCAGUCUUCAGGCAAAGGCUGAUAAAUUGUAGAAGAGGAUAGAUUGUUUUGGAUGUAUAGACGGGUUGGGAAAACCUUUUCACAAGUUUGUGGGAGCUUCAGUUGUUAACUUUACGUCCAGGCUAUAGAAGACCAUAUCAACGUUGUUGACGAUUGUGAGGUCAAGAAUUCACGUAAAAUCUUGUAUAGUAGCCAUUCACGCAGGGAGAUGUUAAAUGUAUUAACGCUGUAUAUAUCGAAGUCCUCCAUCUGGAUUUAGGGUACGUUUACCAAAAAAAGCAUAAUAUAAUCAUUCGGUCAAGAAG